AUGGAGCUCGACCUCCGUUCAAUCCUUCACUCUCCCACCUCCUCGUCCUCCUCCGACGCCGACACCGAAGCCGACGCUCCUCACCGCACCAUUGAUGAUAUUCUCAACGACUGUGACACUUCCUCUUCCUCAUCAUCUCCACCUUCCUCUCCCUCUCACUCCCCUUCUUCACUCACCAAUUCUCAUCCCCAAAACCCCACUCUUCAACCAAAACCACUCCAACCCGCACUCGAUUCACUUUCUCGGGUCAAACCCGCCGAAUUAUCUGACCGCACACGCGUUUCGCGCCCGUUCUCUUCUCUAUUACAGGGCGUUCGGUCCAAUGCGAAGCCCGGCGCCGCGCUCGCUGCGGCAGCAGCGGCGUCUCGAUCCGUUCCCACGCCGCACGCGGCGGCGAUUAUUUCCAGAAGAAAAUCCGCGGCCGCGAUCAGCUCCGAGUCAAGUUCGAUCGCUGCCGCAGGCGACGAUUAUUCCGAUGUUUCUUCCAAAGGCGAAUUGGGUGAGCCUAGCGAGAAAUUCGAUCCUGUGCCGUGGAAAAUCGUGACUCAGUCUAGUGAAACUACUUCUGUUAACGGCGAACGUUUUGAGAGAGAUGUAGAAAUUGUCAACGAUUUGAAGGCUGAUAGUGCCGCUGACAAUCAGGUGCUUAGUGAUAGUGGUAAUGAUAAUGGUGAUGGUAAUAAUGACAGUAAUGGUAAUGAUAACGAUUCUUCUAUAGUGAGUGAGGAGAAGAGGAUUUUAGAUGAGGUUGACGGUGAUCAUGGGAAAGAUACGAGUUCUGCACCGUUUGAUGAUGAUGAUGAUGUUGAUGUUGGUGACUUGGAUGGGAAUGAUGGUGCUGAUGAGAGAAUCACAGCUACGGAUUCAGCUAUGGAAACAGAAGAAACGUUGAACAAUGGUAGCAGUUCUAUGGAAGAUGUUAAGAAUGAGAUGAAUGGUGGCGGUGGUGAUGAGGGUAGUUCAUUGGGUGAUAUUUCUGAGCUAGUGGAAGAGAGGCUUGAGGAAUUGGAAAGCAGAAGGGCUGCUAAGAGAGAAGAGAAGAAACGAGAGUCUUCAAUGAAACCACUUGAAUUGGCUGAAGAACUGGAGAAGAAGCGAGCUUCAACUGGUUCGUAUUUGGAAGAGGGUGCCGCUGCCCAGCCAAUGAGGCUGGAGGGCGUUCGGAGAGGGUCCACGACAUUAGGAUACUUUGAUGUUGAUGCUGAUAAUGCUGUCACGAGGGCUAUUUCGUCCCAAACAUUCAAGCGUGAGCAAGGUUCUGCCCGAGCCUUGGCAGUGCAUGCUAAUUAUAUUGCAGUAGGAAUGUCAAAGGGGCUCAUUGCUGUCUUUCCCAGUAAAUAUUCCAUUCAUCAUGCUGACAACAAUGAUGGAAAGAUGUUGAUGCUUGCUGUACAAGGUGAUCGGUUGCGUGCUGCAGUGACAUCCAUGUCUUUCAAUCAACAAGGAGACCUUCUUUUAGCUGGUUAUGGUGAUGGUCAUCUUACCCUGUGGGAUGUACAGAAAGGUGUCGUGGCAAAAGUUAUUAGUGGUGAGCAUACAGCACCAGUAGUACAUACCUUAUUUCUAGGACAAGAUCCUCAGAAUACUCGACAAUUUAAAGCAGUUACUGGUGAUUGUAAGGGUCUGGUUCUCUUGCACAUUAUCUCAGUGGUUCCUUUGGUUCCUUUGUUUAGUAGAUUCUCAAUCAAAACUCAGUGUCUUCUUGAUGGACAAAGUACAGGCUUGGUGCUUUCAGCUUCACCACUCCUUUUUGAUGACUUCAGUGGAAGUGCUUCACCUUUUUCUCAGGGAAACACCUCAGCCCCAGCCAGCAGUAUAAGCAGCAUGAUGGGUGUUGUUGGAGGAGAUGCAGGGUGGAAACUCUUCAAUGAAGCCCCUUCUAUGGUGGAAGAAGGUGUGGUUGUAUUUGUAACCCAUCAAACUGCAUUGGUGGUACGGCUGAGCCCUACAUUGCAAGUCUAUGCUCAACUCUCUAGGCCUGAUGGGGUUCGGGAGGGUUCUAUGCCAUAUACUGCAUGGAAAUACAUGACACAAGCACAUAGUUCUACUGAAAAUAUGUCUGCAGAAGCUAUUGAAAGAGUUUCAUUGCUUGCAAUUGCCUGGGAACGGAAGGUUCUAGUUGCAAAGUUGGUUAAAUCAGAAUUAAAAGUAUAUGGAAGAUGGUCUCUGGAAGGUGCAGCUAUAGGUCUAGCAUGGUUGGAUGAUCAGAUGCUGGAAGUUCAAACUUCGAGUGGACAUCUGUAUUUAUUUUCCAAGGAUGGAACUGUGAUUCACCAAACAAGUGUUGCCGUAGAUGGUAUUGGAGGAGAUGAUCUAGUCUCUUAUCAUACUCAUUUCAUCAAUGUAUUUGGAAAUCCUGAGAAAGCUUAUCAUAACUCUAUUGCUGUAAGAGGAGCUUCUAUUUAUAUACUUGGUCCAACACAUCUUCUUGUUUCUCGUCUUCUACCUUGGAAAGAGCGCAUUUCUGUUUUGCGGAAAGCAGGUGACUGGAUGGGUGCCUUGAACAUGGCAAUGACUCUUUAUGAUGGUCAUGCGCAUGGGGUUAUUGACCUUCCUAGAACCAUGGAUGCCGUACAUGAGGCCAUAAUGCCCUUCUUAGUGGAGUUGCUUACAUCAUAUGUUGAUGAAGUGUUCUCCUAUAUUUCAGUGGCAUUCUGCAACCAAAUAGGUAAACAGGACCAAUCGAAUGAUUUAAAUAGUAGAAGCAAUUCAGUACAUGGUGAGAUAAAGGAGCAAUACACUCGUGUUGGUGGGGUUGCUGUUGAAUUUUGUUGUCAUAUCAAACGGAUGGACAUUCUUUUUGAUGAAAUUUUCUCUAAGUUUGUGGGUGUUCAACAGCGAGAAACAUUUUUGGAGCUUCUGGAGCCAUAUAUUUUGAAAGACAUGCUUGGAUCUCUACCUCCUGAGAUUAUGCAAGAACUGGUAGAGUAUUAUAGUACCAAAGGGUGGUUACAGCGGGUUGAGCAAUGUGUACUUCACAUGGAUAUAUCAUCCUUGGAUUUUAAUCAGGUUGUCAGAUUAUGCCGGGAGCAUGGACUAUAUAGUGCCCUGGUGUAUGUCUUCAAUAAAGGAUUAGAUGAUUUUAGGGCACCUCUGGAGGAGCUGUUUGCUGUCUUACAAAAUAGCCAAAAGGAAAUUGCUACUGCACUUGGGUAUGCUUCCAUGUCUAUUAUUCCAGCAUAUCCUUAUUUUGCUUUCUCUAUAUCCAUGUAUGCCAAAUCAAUUGAGAAAGCCAAUAUGGAUUUGUGA